AUGGACAUCACCAAGUUUGUUGUCCAGGGCCGCGACCAGGCGCUCCUCUAUGGCGACUACUCGUCCUACCACCAGAGCCUGGCCAAGCGGCUGUUGAGCUGCCGCAAGAAGCUGGGGAUCGUGACUAAGAAUCGCGGAAAGUUUCAAGGCCCUGUCAAGGUCACUGCGGAGGAAGUCGCCAAGAACAACGAAUAUGUCAACCUUCUUCUCCUCACGAGCGAACGAGCCUGGGCUCAGGCCAUGAGCAUGAAGUCGAGUCGUUGGAGCGACGUCAAGAAGCGAUCCCACAUCGUCUCCCGACUCGUCAAAGCCGCCCGCACCUCUGAUGAACUUGUUGAGGCGCUCUCUCAAGCCGAUACCUCUGGCGCCACUCCCACCGACAUCCUCGAGGCCAAGGCAUAUUCUUCUUUGAUCCACGGAAGCGCCGCUUUUGAGAAGAAGGCCUGGGAUACCAGCUUGCGAAGCUAUGCGAAGGCGCGCGUCAUCUACAGCGCUCUGGCAACUAUCACCAAGGGCGAUAUCUUCAAGGAUCUUCUUUCCGAGACUAUUGACCCCUCUAUUCGUUACGCUGCGUAUCAAUUGCAGACGCCCCGAACCGUUCCGAUUCCCACCAUUGCUCGAAAGGCCUUUCCCGAAUCCGAAUCCGAACUCGCCAACGAGAUUAAUCAGAUCGAUCCCAGCAUUCUCAGGUCAGCGGAAGAGGCAGAAGAUGGCGUUGCCAGUGCCGAGGGCGCGCCCAAGACCUUGACUUGGCGUUCCAGAGAAGUCAGCAUUGAGGAUGCCCAGAUCGCAACGGCUUGGGGUGCCAUGCUCGCUGCAAAGGAGAAGCUCGCCCAGAAUCUGGCAGAGCCUAAGGGACGGGAGCCACAUGAGCUAGCUGCUGCCUAUGAUGAUAUCCUAAUGCUCAGCCAAGAUGCCGUUGAUGCCACCAAGCAGGCCAUCGAGGAGAUGAAGGGAGAAGGCGUGGAGCAAAGCGAUCCCCGGAUGCAGAGCCUGCAGAUCACGAGAACCGCUGUCAACUUUGAGACAGUCAGCUGGAGAAUUGGCCGUAACCGGGUUCUAACAGGACACCACGACGGCGCGCCCGAGGAGUACGGAGCGAAGAAGAGAAGGAAGGGCAAGACUGCCGAAGAGGCGGCCAAACACGAAAAGGAGCUUCCCCCAGGAAAGAAGCUGGCCAAGCUCAAGGAGAAGGUUGCUCUAUACGACGGAACGCUGCAAAAUAUCGAGUCCAUCAAGGAACUACCAGGUGUUGCAAACGACCAAGAAUUGGCUGACCAGAUUGACGGUUAUGUCAAGUACUUUGAGGCCCUCAAGGCUCUGGCAAUUGCCCGCUCUCACGCCAUCACUGGCAGUGCUGCCAAUGCCCUCGCUCUUAUCAACCAUGCCGAUGGGCUUGUUGAAGAUGCCCUGUCCAAGGUUCCCAAGGCCGAAGACGCGGCUGCUCUGAGCUUGACUGUCUCAUCCACAGCUGUCGAGUUCCUACAGACAAUCCUCAACGGCGAGCUUCAGCGCCAUCGCGCUCUUGUGCACAUUGACAACCUCCGCAAGAAUAGCAAGCAGUCCAGCGGCGUCCAACGACCGCUCAUCGAGAGCCUCCAUGAGUACCCCUCCGCAGGCGUCAACCUGUCGCACAUUGUCGAGUUCCCUCCCAAGCUGGCGCUCAUCCCCGUGAAGCCCAUCUUCUUGGACGUGGCCUGGAACUACAUCGACUAUCCUAGCAAGACGCCAGCAGCAGUGGCUGAGCCUGGAAAGGAAGAAAAGGCUGGCACGGAGGAGCCAGCACCUCAGCAACCCAAGAGGGGCUGGUUCGGUUUCGGGAGAUCAUAG